UCUUGGACUAGAUUUUGCCAGUGCUUAGAAGCUCCUUUUGAGACUGAAAGACUCCUUUGAGUCUUUGAAUCCAUGGAAGAGUAGAUUCCAAGGGUUUUAUGCAGCUGGAAUUAUAUAUCUGCAUCUUUUGGGAUUUACCCAGCAGUCGUCUAGAUCGGUUCUAAUGUGAAGAAGGGUGAUUAAGUUCAUAAUAAUAUAUUUAGUACGCUUUUAUUGAUACUUUGAGGUAUUUUGCAGUCAAAUGUGGUUAUUUAUAGCGAGGUAUAACAGAAAAAGCAUUCUGGAUAAUCAACAAUACUCAUUCUAAUUGUCCCUCUAUACUGACAUUGUUUCUAUGGAUUAUCUGUAACAUCUGAAUAGACUUAUUGUAACUAGUUAUGAGAAUGACACAGGUUACCUUUCAGACUUUAUUCCGGUGAAUUCUAGCAAACUAUCCUGAGAAUCAAUCCUGGAGGUCAGGUAUUUAUUCAAUCUACCCUUGUAAACACUGAAAUUCCAAUAAUAUGGCAUCUCCCUGUAUUUCGUAGAUAAUAUAGACAAUUGGAAAUAAAACUUGGAAAAGCAUGCUUUUGAACAACUAAAAAAAUGCUCAAGCAUUAUUGCUUAGGUGAAACCAAAGCAAAUGACAUCGGAUAUCAUUGAGCUACAGAUGAUCAAGCAAUUGAACAGAAGCAGGGAGGUACUAUUCUUCUUCCAGAUCCUCAUAGCUCACAGAUAAUUUAUUGUAAUAGACUUUGAUUCUUCCAAUAUCAUGUGUACAGCCAGAGAAUUUAUGGAUUAUUAAAUUACAAGAGAAUUUUUAUAGUUCAUUCUCUCAAUAGAGAGUUGGAUAUAUAAAGAAUGGGCCAUCCUUUAAGCUAUCAAAAUGGAAAGUUAUAUGCUUUAAACAUAUCUCAACUGAACUAUUACUCUUAAAACCCAACAGCUUAAGUGAGUAAACUGUUUUUCCUUUGACUCACAGAACAGGGGAAACCAAAUUCUUAAGUCCAGUACAUGCCCCAAUGGUAUGUAAGUCAGGGACGAUCCACAUCUUUGGGACAAUAUUCUUCUUCUUUCUAGCUUAUGAAGUCCUAUACAUAUAUUUUGCUUAAGAAAGGUGCAUCUUCAUUGUAUCUUAAUAAACCGUGGCUGCUCAUUAUGACAGAGAUAUAGAGAAACAAGAGAG